AUGGCUGCCGAGCUGACUUCUACCAAGCUCAACGCAGAGAGCCAUCUAAUCCUACGCGCCGUCGAGCGAGAAAAGGAAUACGUGCUCCCCGCCCUGAAAGAUGCCGCCAACGCCUCUCUGAACAAUACCCACACGCCCGACCAGACCCUCGCCGCUCUGGAUGCGAUGAUAUCACGAAUGCAAGGCCUGAAGCGGAAGAUGGAGAAUCUGCAGGACGAAGAGAAGAAGAUCCAGAUCCAGUCCCGAAAGAGAAUCCAGCACCUGGAAACCCUCCAUAAAAUCCCGAGUCUGGCCGAUGUGAAAUACGAUCAGUGGUCACGAGUCCGGCUAGAUCGGUUGCUGGUCGACCACAUGUUGCGCUCGGGAUACUCGGAGAGUGCGAAACAGCUGGCACAGGAGAAGGGGGUUGAGGAUCUGGUUGAUCUCAGUGUCUUUACGCAAUGUCAGCGAGUUGUUGAGAGCUUGCGUCGUGGGGAAACAAAAGAGGCGUUGCAGUGGUGCGGUGAGAACAAAGCAGCUUUGAAGAAGAGCCAGCAAAACCUGGAAUUUGAACUCCGAUUGCAGCAAUACAUCGAGCUGGUUCGCACACAAGACAAAAGGAAGAAGCUCGAAGCCAUCAUGCACGCCAAAAAGUACCUCAUCCCGAAUCAUGAAUCCCAAAAGACCGAGAUCCUUCGAGCAGCAGGACUGCUGGUCUUCACCCAGGACACCAAGGCUCCACCAUACAAAUCUCUAUUUUCGCUGGAUCGCUGGAAUUUUCUGUCCGACCUGUUCAUCCGAACGCACCAUGAGCUCCUAUCACUGCCAUCGCAGCCAUUAUUGCAUAUCGCUUUAUCUGCUGGGCUCUCCGCGCUCAAGACUCCUCUGUGCCACUCGGCCUUCACUUCAUCUAGCUCCAACUCACAAUCCACCACAACAUCCGUAUGUCCCAUCUGCUCAACCGAGCUGAACGAGCUCGCCCGCAACAUGCCAUACGCACACCACACCAAGAGCUACGUGGAAGGAGACCCGAUUGUCUUACCCAAUGGUCGAGUGUAUGGACAAGCUCGACUGAUGGAGAUGAGCAAGAAGAUCGGGGCCGUGGAAUCCGGCAAGAUUAAGGACCCGACCACAGGCGAGGUAUUUGACGAGAACGAGAUGAAGAAGGUCUAUAUCAUGUAG